GCACGGUCAGACAUCAGUCAUGGCAGGAGAUGCCAUCAUGGUCAUGAGAGGCUUGACAAAGCUUAGUAAAGCAGUCCUAGAAACCCAAGCAGGACAGCUUCGGCAGGUGCUCCUUGGAGGCGAUGCAGUUACCGUUGCAAGGUCUUUCCAGGCUGCUGCUGAAGAACAGUUCAGUUCUGCCUUUGGGAAAAUGCAGGAAUUAGGCAAACAGCAGGAGAACUUAACUGAUCUCACUGAGGAUUUUGGGAAAGACUAUGACCUUUCAGCCCAAGAGCCAUCAGAUGCUCCAUUGGACUUCUCCACUGCCUCCAACAAGCCUCAUGAACACAGCCGUGAAGGCCCUGCUUACUCUUAUGCUACAAAUGGACCUUUUAGAAAUGUUGGUGAGACUGGAGAUUCUGGGAUGGGUCAGAAGCCUUUCCUUCCUAAAGUGGAUGCAAGGUUAUUUGGAGGCUUUAAGGAUCCUGGAAAUCCUUUUGCUGCUGCCUUUGGACAAAAUAGGGCUUUUCACCAAGACCAUUCCUCUGUUGGUGGCUUAACGGCUGAAGAUAUUGAUAAAGCCAGACAGGCCAAGGCAGGUUCAGAGCAGAAACCCUACAAACAGAUGCUCAGUGAACGGGCCCGGGAGAGGAAGGUCCCUGUCACAAGGAUCGGACGACUUGCUAACUUUGGAGGACUAGCUGUUGGUCUUGGCAUUGGGGCACUGGCAGAAGUUGCAAAGAAGAGCCUUAGACCUGAGGAACGCAGUGGAAAGAAAGCAGUGAUGGAUUCUAGCCCAUUCCUGUCAGAGGCCAAUGCAGAAAGAAUUGUGAGAACCUUGUGCAAGGUCCGUGGAGCAGCACUGAAGCUGGGACAGAUGUUAAGCAUUCAAGAUGAUGCCUUCAUCAACCCCCAUCUCCAGAAGAUUUUUGAGCGUGUACGUCAAAGUGCUGACUUCAUGCCAAUUAAGCAGAUGAUGAAAACUCUAAACAACGAUCUUGGCCCCAACUGGAGGGAUAAACUGGAGUCCUUUGAAGAACGCCCCUUUGCUGCUGCUUCAAUUGGUCAAGUUCACCUGGCACGCUUGAAAAAUGGGAAAGAAGUUGCCAUGAAAAUCCAGUACCCCGGAGUCGCCCAAAGCAUCAACAGUGAUGUUAACAACCUGAUGACUGUCCUGAGCAUGAGCAAUAUUCUCCCUGAAGGUUUGUUCCCUGAACACUUGAUUGAAGUUGUGAGCAGAGAGCUGGCCCUGGAGUGUGACUAUGAGAGAGAAGCUUCCUGUGCGAGGCAAUUCCAGGAGCUGCUGAAAGACCACCCCUUCUUUUACGUCCCAAGAGUAGUGGAUGAGCUGUGCAGCAAGCGUGUCCUGACCACAGAGCUAGUGUCUGGCUUCCCUUUGGAUCAAGCUGUAGGGCUGAGCCAGGAGAUUCGAAAUGAGAUCUGUCACAACAUCCUGGUUCUGUGUUUGCGGGAGCUGUUUGAGUUCAGGUACAUGCAGACUGACCCAAACUGGUCAAACUUCUUCUAUGACCCGCAGUUGCACAAGGUGGCCCUGCUGGACUUUGGAGCAACACGAGGUUUUGAUGAGAAGUUCACUGAUGUCUAUAUAGAGGUAAUCAAGGCAGCUGCUGACAUGGACAGAGAGAGAGUACUGAAGAAGUCAAUUGAAAUGAAAUUCCUCACUGGCUAUGAAGUCAAGGAAAUGGAAGAUGCUCACUUAAAUGCUGUCCUCAUCCUGGGAGAGGCUUUUGCGUCUGACAAACCUUUUGAUUUUGGCAACCAAAGCACCACUGAAAAAAUCCAUGGUUUAAUCCCAGUCAUGCUGAAACAUCGGCUUGUUCCUCCGCCAGAGGAGACCUACUCUCUUCAUCGGAAGAUGGGGGGUUCUUUCCUUAUCUGCACCAAACUGAAGGCCAAAAUUCCUUGCAAAAACAUGUUCCAAGAGGCAUAUAGCAAAUAUUGGAGCAAUAGGGGAAAGAAGCCAGAGGAGUAUUAAGAAUGAACUAACAUGUCUUAUUCUGAGGCCACACUUCAUCGGAGCCUUGCAGAAAGCCUUCUAGCCUCCCAUGUGUUGCUCUCCAUCCUCUUGAGAUGCAGCAGUCUGUGCCCUGGAAGCUAAGAGUGUGUUUCACAAGGACAAAGCUGUUCUUUCAGGUCUGUCCUACACACACUACCAGUACAGUCCACAGUUUGCAGUAAGCUAUCUUCUUGAGUGCUUCUGUAUUGUUUAAAGGCACCAGCUGACUACCUUGAAUGCAUUUUUAAUGUUAUGAUGGUGACUGCAUAUUCAUUGGAUUUUAUAACAAGUAGGGGAAGGAGGACAAGAGCAGAAAUAAAUAUUGAAACCUGUUUGUCAUUAUCUAA